UUAAAGAUUGUGAAAGAUUUGGCUGUUUUUUUUAAAUCGAGAGACGUCAAAUUGUCUUAUUUACCUAUGUUUUUUCUCAUUAAUCAAAGUCUUUUAAGUUUUACAUAGAAGAAUUUUAUCGUAAUUAAGAAAGCAUUGCUAAUUAAACAUUUUAUAACUAAUUAUGAUAGGAUCUUUCAAAUUUUUACAAUGUCUCUGUGAUAAGUUUUAUUUUUUUUUGUUCUACUUAAGGUAAAAAUGUUGUUCACUAACAAUCAAUUAAUUGGAAAUAUUUCAUGUCAAUUAUUUAUCAGUAAAUUUUGAUUUUCAUUGAAAUGAAUCUUCUUCGUGAUUCAAAAGUUCGCGAGUAUAUAAAAUCUCGAACUGUUAUUUCUAAUAGAAAUGCACUUAUGGUUUGUCAAUGUUUUGAAAAUUUAACAUUGAAAGACUCUCACAAUCAAAAUGCAUCCUCCAUUAGUACCAAUUUAGCUGAAUUGGCUGCAACCUUCAAACAAGGAAAAGUUAGACAUAUUGUAAUGUAUAUUACAAAAAUAUCAUACUUUAAUAGUGAUAUGUUAAAGUUUCUAGCAAAUGAAAUGUUAGAGUGUAAAGAAAAUGAUUUAGUAGAACAAUAUUUCACAGUAUUGGAUCAGAAUUUCAGAAUGCACCCUCCGUGCGCAUCUUAUAUGAAAUCUGAAUAUGAUCAAUUUUUACUUUCACCUUAUAGGAAGUGUUUUAAUGAAAUGAGUUUAUGGGAAUAUAUUAUGGAUUCUUUUAAUCGUAUUCUUAAUGGAUCUCUUGAAUUAGGAAAUGGUAGCACUUUUGAUCUAGCAUUAAAAAGGUGCUUAAGAUUUUGUGUUUCAGUUCUUGAAGUUGACCUUAGAGUUUGUAAAAAUAAUAAUUCUAGAGCCAUAAUUAUGAAUUGUUUGAAUUAUCAUCCUGGAAGAAGAACAAGAAUGAGUGAUAUUUGUAAAAUAUUAGAUAAACUAUUUUUAACAGGAUAUGAUAUUCAAAUGGAAAUAAUUAAUCUAGCAAUAUUAAUAAGUGACAUGAUGUCUGAAUAAAUUUUGAACUUUUUAAUCUAUUAUUAUGUUAUAAAUAAGAAUAAUUUUGAUUUUAUUAUUAUAUGUGAAGAACAUACAAAUAUAUAUAUUUUAUCAAAUAAAAAGUAUUUA